GAAGUACUUUUCCCAUGUAUGACCUCUUCGCUAAUGCUGACACAGCCCUCUCCGACCGAUGUAAUGUGCCCAUGCUGUAACCUCUAAUAACAAAUUAACUGUUUCUCUCUGCGGUCGGAUAAACGGGGCAGUAAACGGGACGCCGCCACCAUGAGCACCAUGUUCGCAGACACGAUCCUGAUCGUGUUCAUCUCUGUCUGUACGGCGCUGUUAGCCGAAGGGAUUACCUGGGUUUUAGUGUAUCGCACUGAAAAGUACAAGAGGCUAAAGGCUGAAGUGGAAAAACAGAGCAAAAAACUUGAAAAGAAAAAGGAAACCAUCACAGAAUCUGCAGGACGUCAACAGAAGAAAAAAAUUGAAAGACAGGAAGAGAAACUGAAAAACAACAACAGAGACUUGUCUAUGGUUCGCAUGAAGUCCAUGUUCGCCAUUGGCUUCUGCUUCACAGCUUUGAUGGGCAUGUUCAACUCCAUCUUUGAUGGAAGAGUUGUGGCCAAAUUGCCGUUCGUGCCGCUGUCCUACAUCCAGGGUCUGUCACAUCGCAACCUGCUGGGCGAGGAUUACACCGACUGCUCCUUUAUCUUCCUCUACAUCCUCUGCACCAUGUCCAUCAGACAGAACAUUCAGAAGAUGCUCGGUCUUGCACCCUCCAGAGCGGCAACUAAACAGGCCGGAGGCUUCCUGGGACCUCCUCCCCAAGCAGCCAAGUUCUCCUAACCAUCAGACGGGCUCGUCAGCGCUGUUCCUGCACUGCGACCGUGUGCAGCCAUGGCUCCCUCAACAGAGCACAGACUGAACUGAUUCUGCAGUGCUGGAGCCAAAAGCAUUAUCUGUUGCAGCUACUGUAUCACUACCUUCUGUUUGGAUUUCUCCCUCAUGUUUAGUUUAUUUAACUUUAAUUGUCUCACUUAGAAAUUAGAGAAAGAAAAUCGGUUCUUAAUUAUGUUGAUUACCAAAGGAUACGAAUGUCUACCUUGUAUUCAGCACAUGCCAUACAUUGUUUAAGGAUUUUAAUUGGCACGGUAAGCUCUGAUCCGUUUGUCAGUAUUAUUGGAUGUCAUUGUUUGUAUCCUUAUUUCUUACAUAUUAAUAAAGUUUUAUGGUUACUCUUUAA